GUAUUAAAUUAUAAACAUAUUUGCAAUAAAAAUGAAAACUGUUUAUUAAUUAAUAAUACAAUGUUUAACACAAAUAUAUUUAUGCUAAUUAAUUAUCAAAAUGUUUUACCCCUGGUAAUAACAAUAAUAGUUGGGCUAAUAAUUUAUUACAUAAUACAUUUCUACGCCACUCUAUGCCACUAUCCGCCCGGUCCUACGCCUCUGCCAUUCAUGGGCAAUAUAUUACUAUUUCGCAAUAUUAAACGGCACUUGAAUGAGGACUUGAGACAGUUGUACGAUAUAUACGGUCCGGUAGUGACGGUAUGGGUCGGUCCCAAACCCGUUGUGAUCGUCGGUGACCCGCAUGUCGUCAAACAGGCAUUUUCUCGGCCAGAAUUCUUGGGCCGAAUGGAGAACAUGUUGUCGAGUAUUUUUAACGAUAGCUCACACAGGGAUCUCCAAUGGAGAACAUGUUGUCUCACACAGGGAUCUCCUAAUCAACUCACACAUAGCCAGUUGGGAAAGUUUGCGAAAGGUUGCUCACAUGGCAGUCAGACAAAUCAU